AUGACGGUGUCCUCGGCGCCGCCGAAGCGGCGCGCGGGGCGGACCAAGUUCAAGGAGACGAGGCAUCCGGUGUACAAGGGCGUGCGCAGCCGGAACCCCGGGCGGUGGGUCUGCGAGGUGCGGGAGCCACACGGCAGGCAGCGGAUCUGGCUCGGCACCUUCGAGACCGCCGAGAUGGCGGCGCGCGCGCACGACGUCGCCGCGCUCGCGCUGCGCGGCCGCGCCGCGUGCCUCAACUUCGCCGACUCGCCGCGCAGGCUCCGCGUCCCCGCGCAGGGCGCCGCCCACGACGAGAUACGCCGCGCCGCGGUGGAGGCGGCCGAGCUGUUCCGCCCGCAGCAGCCCGGGCAGCAGCAGCACAAUGGGAUGCUCAUCGACCCACCGCAGCCGACCGCGUGGAUCGAGGACGAGUACGAAUGCGAGGCCAAGGUUAAGGUAGCCUUGGCGCCAGAUAUGACACUUGGUGCAGGCGCCCUCUUAUCAUUCAGGCUGUUACUGGCAGCAAAGGAUUUUGCUGCCACAUCUGUAGCCCGGAUAAUUGAUCCUCGAGUUUGCUUGCUGGUCAUGGUUCUACGGUCGGAUUUCUGCAAGGCUGCUUCUUCAAACGAUCUUGUUUGCGGUGCUAUUUUAGCAUUCCAAGAGCCUUUCCCAUUGGCCUACACCUCAGUUUCAGAUUUCCCAAAAGCAUAUUUAUCUGAUCACAUGUUUGCAAGCUUGAAUCGGUCAGAGCUCGCGCCGUUGUUGAUGAUUCUCGCGAGUUCUGAGGUCUCACUCCAGAUGCAUUGCAGUGUUGGACAGUACAGUUGCAGGCAGCUGAAUAGGACUCGGCUGUCCCUUGUCCAUGUCACUUCUAACUUCAGAAGGACGCUUCCUGGGGCGGACUUCAGAAAGACUGCCCGCCCGGAUGCAGAGGAUGAAGACUUCAGAAAGAAGCACUUCGGUUUUUCAGUCUCCACGUGA